AUGGACCAAAAAUCGCACGAAAAAGAGCAACUUCGCGAAGUUGACUCCUUCAAACGGCUCACCUUCUUCGCCAUCGCCAUCUCCACGGUCGCCACCUUGACCGCCAUCAUCAUCGUCCCCACCCUGUACAACUACAUGCAACACGUACAGUCGCAGUUGGACGAGGAACUCGAAUUCUGCGUGCACAGAUCCAACGGCCUCUGGGACCAAUACUCCCACGUCGUAGGCAUUGGAGCCGUCCGUGAGAAGCGUAACGCUCUCCGCCGCACCGCCGGCUCAAGACGCAGCGCUCAAGCUCGUGCUGCCUCCACAUACGGCGAUGACUCCGGCUACGGAGGAAAUGCCCCAGCUCCAGCCGGCCCAGCCGUCAACUCGGCCCCAGCUGUCGCCGCUGCCCCAGCCAGCAACCAAGGAUCAUGCUCGUGCGGAGUCGGACCAGCCGGUCCACCCGGAUCCCCAGGAGACGACGGUCUUCCAGGUAAAGACGGUAUCCCCGGCAAAGACGGAGAACACGGCCCAGACGCCCCACCAGAGGCCAAGCCCACCGCCGACGACUUCUGCUUCGACUGCCCAGCCGGACCACCAGGCCCACCCGGAGCCCCAGGACCAAAGGGACCAAACGGACAACCAGGUGCCCCAGGAGAAGACGGUCAACCAGGAAACCCAGCCCAACGUGGCCCACCAGGACCAGUCGGACCACCCGGCUUGCCAGGCAGCUCCGGCGAACGUGGUGCUCCAGGAGAGCCAGGAACCCUCCAAGAAGUGCCCGGCAUCCCAGGCCCACCCGGACCCCCAGGACCAAUCGGAGAGCCAGGACCACCAGGAGAGGCCGGUCAACCAGGUACCUCAUCGCCAGGCCCACAAGGACCACCCGGCGACCAAGGAGCUCCAGGAGAGCCAGGACAGGACGGCAAGCCAGGAGAGGCCGGUCCAGACGGAGAACAAGGACAACAAGGCGGCUGCGAACACUGCCCACCACCACGUACUGCUCCAGGAUACUAA